CAGCCUUCAGAUUGAGCUCAAGGCGUCCGCUGCCGCUGAAGUCAAACACAACCUAACGCAAGCACACACAAGCGAGGACACACAAGCGAGAGACACACAAGCACGCCACAAGGAAAGAAAAUCGAACACAUCCUGAGUGAGAUCGAGCUGCAGCUAUCAAGAUGGCCAUGAAGAACCUGUUGAAAGAAGACAAUAUCAAGAAAGCCCUUGAUCAGUUCAAAGCUGCUGACAGCUUCGACCAUAAGAAGUUUUUCGAUGUGGUGGGGCUGAAAGCUUUGUCUGCCGAGAACGUGAAGUUGGUCUUUCAAGCUCUGGACGUGGACGCCAGCGGCUUCAUCGAGGAGGAGGAGCUUAAGUUUGUGCUGAAGGGCUUUUCUGCAGAUGGCAGAGAUCUCACCGAUAAGGAGACCAAAGCAUUCCUCACUGCUGCCGACAAGGAUGGAGAUGGGAAGAUUGGCAUAGAUGAGUUUGCAGCUUUGGUGCACGAGUAAAACAUUGAUAUCUGGCAACCCUUCAAACCACUACUCUCCUGUGAAUAACUACAGCCAAUCGUAGUGUACGUCUCUACACAUCACGCCACGAGCCAGGAGCAAAAUCCACUUCCCUUAACCACAUUUAUUUAUUUAACGUUUCUUUUUUUAUAUGCAAACCGUUUUACCAAAAUAACCACAACAGAUCUGUAGAUCCCUGUCCUGCUUUGACCUCUUCUUUUUGUUCAUGUGUUUAAGUUUUCUUCUCCGCAUCUCGCUCUGUUUGUUACUCUUUCCCUGUUACGCUCCUCCCUUGUGAUAGAGCCACCGAACACGGUGAAUUCAAGAAAAGAAGGACGAGACGAAAUGAGAGAAAAAUAUUCAAGAGAGAUAUGAAAUAAAGCCAUGCGUUGAGAAAAAUA